CAAUUGUCAACUAAAGAAACAAAAAUAAGAAGAUAUAUUGAGGUUAAUUUUUAUAAAAUUUGUUUGGUCAUUCGAAAGUUGAAAGUGCUAGAAGUUAACUAGUUAUAAUCCUGAGUUGAGAUUACUUAUUACUAGCAAAGUAGUGAAUUCGAGUUAGGUCUAAAUGCCUAUGUUGGGAAUAGAAAAUUCCAUCAUGGAUGAUUCAAAUGAUUGGAGAAAUGCAGCUCACAGUACAGGAACAUCUAUAAUGGCUGCAGAAUUCGAUGGAGGUGUUAUAAUAGGCGCCGAUUCGAGGACGACUACAGGUGCAUACAUAGCAAAUCGUGUCACUGAUAAGCUAACAAAGGUGACAGAUCACAUUUAUUGCUGCCGUUCUGGGUCUGCUGCUGAUACCCAAGCAAUUGCAGACAUAGUUUCUUAUCAUCUCAACUUUCAUGGCAUGGAACUUGGAGAAGAACCUCUUGUAGAAGUUGGUGCUGCAAUAUUUAAAGAGCUGUGUUACAAUUAUAGAGACUCUUUAACAGCUGGCAUUCUUGUGGCUGGAUGGGAUAAGCGCAAAGGUGGACAGAUUUAUUCUGUGCCAAUUGGAGGUAUGUGUGUGAGACAGCAAGUAUCCAUUGGAGGAUCUGGCUCUAGCUAUGUUUAUGGAUAUGUUGAUGCCAAUUUUAAGCCUAACAUGUCAAAGGAAGAAUGUAUCAAGUUUGUUACAAAUACUUUGGCCCUAGCUAUGUCAAGAGAUGGAUCUUCUGGAGGUGUUGUUAGAUUGGGUAUCCUUACUGAAGCUGGCAUUGAACGUAAAGUUAUUUUGGGAACAGAUUUGCCCAAAUUUUUUGAAGGUUGAGCAUUUUUUUGUAAUUUAAUAAACAUUGUAUUGAAAUAAUUCUUCUGUGGAAUAAAGAAUGUUUCCAAAUCAAGCUGUACCAAUCUUGCUAUUCAUAAUACUAUGGAAUAUUAUUGUUUUUCUAGGGCUAUAACACAAAAUUGCUUUUGUUUUACUGUAAUCAAUGAGAUAAUUGUUGGUCAUCAAUUGUAUUUUAGUAUCUGAUAUCACAAUGUGUUAUUCCUAGAGAGAAAAUCAGAUGGCUAUCCAAAUAAAUCAAAAUUUCCCUGUUGUCUGUCACAGCCAUAGAAAAAGUAGUGUACUUGCAUGGAAUACUAAUUUCCCACUCAUAUGAUUUACAUUCUCAGGGAAAAUGACUAUCAUUCCAGAACAAUAUAGUAUUCUAAUAUGCUUAUUAAUCAUAUUCACUCAGGAUAAAUAGGGUAUAUAUUUAGCAUAUGAGAAAU